AUGCGGCAGGCGCACGCGCCAGACCCUGGCGGCGGCGGCAUGGCGGGCAUCGCACGCCUGGGUUGGGCGUCUGUGCGCCCGCACGGCGCGAGGCUAGCUAGGCCCGUGCGAACAGAGCACACGGCCGCGACCGCGAGGCCUGUGGCACGCUGGGCCACGGCGCCACGCACGCACCACUGUGGAGAGCUCAGCGCGGCCUGCGAAGACCAGCGCGUCAGCCUGGCAGGCUGGGUCCGCACCCCCCGCACUAUAUCCAAGAACCUGUCGUUUGUGCCGCUGCAGGACGCGUCAGGCACCGUGCAGCUGGUGGUCAGUGACCCUGCGCUCGUCGCCGGCCUCGAAGCCCUGGCGGUCGAGAGUGUGAUUGCCGUGCAGGGCCAGGUCCGGCUGCGCGCACGUGGUGCAGCGAACCCCGCGAUGCGCACGGGCGACAUCGAGGUCCAAGUGCAGUCAUGGGAGCUGCUGAAUGCGGCGGACGAUGCGCUGCCCUUCUACGCUACGCAGUGCUCUGACGCCCGGGCCCUGCCGAAGGACGCUCUCCGCGCCAAGUUCCGCUACCUGGACCUGCGCCGCCCCGCGCUAGGCGACAAGAUCCGCCUGCGCAGUCGCGUUGCGCAUGCAGCGCGCUGCUUCCUGCACGACCGCGGGUUCUGCGAGGUGGAAACGCCCGUCCUCCUGCGCUCCACGCCCGAGGGGGCGCGGGAAUUCCUGGUGCCGACGCGCCAGGGCGGCACGGACCCGCAGUUCUACGCGCUCCAGCAGUCGCCGCAGCAGCCCAAGCAGCUGCUCAUGGUGUCCGGUGUGACGGACCGCUACUUCCAGUUUGCCAAGUGCUUUCGCGACGAGGAUGGCCGCAAAGACCGCCAGCCGGAGUUCACGCAGAUCGAUAUCGAGAUGAGCUUCGUCAGCGGGUCCGGCGACACCGCGGCGUGGGCCAUUGGCGGCACGCAGGUGCGCGACGUCACAGAGGGCCUCGUGCGGGCCAUGUGGGCGCACACGGAGCAGCCUCCCCUGCCCAGCUCGUUCCCUGUGCUGUCCUACGAGCAUGUGAUGAACACGUACGGCUCCGACAAGCCGGAUCUGCGAUUUGGCCUCGAGAUUCGCAACCUGGCGCCGGCGUGCUCGACGCAUGCCGUCGACAUGCUCGUCGUGCCACACUAUGCGUCGUGCAAACUCACCGCGCGGCAGGUGGAGCAGCUGCGGAUCGACGCGCAUGGCGAGCGCAUGGACGUGGAGCACUUCAAGGCGCGGCGCUCGGCGCCCGAGGCCCUAGCGCGCCUCCUGCUGGGCAAGUCGCGGCACUUGGCGGCCGUGGCUGGCGCCGUGGAGGCGGAGACGCUCACGGAGACGGUGCGCGACGCGAUGGAGCGCGCGAACGCCUUCCGAGGCAGCGCGCCCGCGCCGCCCGAGGAUCGGUGCGACGUGUUUGUCGCGCUGCGCCCGCGUCCGGCCGACGGGGGCAGCACGCUUCUAGGCGAUGUGCGCCUGCGUAUUGCUGAUCUCUUGCCGCUCCGCAGCCGCGAGCCGCAGGUGCUGUGGGUCACCGAGUUUCCCCUCUUUACGCGGGCCGACGCGGACAAGGCGGCCGCGGCGCAUGGGCGCUGGAGCAGCACGCACCACCCAUUCACCGCACCGGCCGCGCAAGACGUGCCGCGCCUGAUGGCGGCGCGUGCAUGUGCCGCGCCGGCCGAGCGCGACCGGCUCCUAGCGGCGAUCCAUGGUCAGCACUACGACCUCGUGCUCAACGGCGCCGAGAUUGGCGGCGGCAGUGUGCGUGUGCAUGACCCCGACAUGCAGCUCGCGAUUUUGCAGGAUGUCCUGGCGCUGACGGACGAGGAGGUGGGGCGCUUUGGCCACCUGCUGCAGGCGCUGCGGUGCGGUGCGCCGCCCCAUGCAGGCAUCGCGCUCGGUACGUGGCUGUGA